CCACUCUUCGGAAAGGCGAAAAGAAAAGAAAGGAGGGUCUCUCAAUCCACCCUUUUCCGAUACUUUCCCUGGAUCUCAGUCGCAGAGGUAGAAGGCGGCACAGAUAAGAGUGUUCUGAACACCAACCUAAAGUGGAGGAGCCUGAGGCUGAAGGUGCAGUGUACUGUUUACACUGAAGGAGCUGGUGUGUGGACAAGAGACGCUGGCAGCUCAAAUGGACCCCAUGGAGCUGAGAAAUGUCAACACUGAGCCGGAGGACGAGAGCAUCAGUGGAGAAAGUGCUCAAGAUAGCUACACCGGGAUGGGAAAUUUAGACAAGGCAGCAAUGAGCAGUCAAUUUACUAAUGAAGAUGCUGAAAGUCAGAAAUUCCUGACGAAUGGAUUUUUAGGAGAAAAGAAGCUGGCCAAUUAUGAUGAUGAACAUCAUCCUGGAACCACCUCCUUUGGAAUGUCUUCAUUCAACCUGAGUAAUGCCAUCAUGGGCAGUGGAAUCUUGGGCCUGUCCUAUGCCAUGGCCAACACGGGGAUUAUACUUUUUAUAAUCAUGCUGCUUGCUGUAGCAAUAUUAUCACUCUACUCAGUUCACCUUUUAUUAAAGACCGCCAAGGAAGGAGGGUCUUUAAUUUACGAAAAACUAGGGGAAAAGGCAUUUGGAUGGCCUGGAAAAAUCGGAGCUUUUGUUUCCAUUACAAUGCAGAACAUUGGAGCGAUGUCAAGCUACCUCUUUAUCAUUAAAUAUGAACUACCUGAAGUAAUCAGAGCAUUCAUGGGACUUGAAGAAAAUACUGGAGAAUGGUACCUCAAUGGCAACUACCUCGUCAUAUUUGUGUCUCUUGGAAUCAUUCUUCCACUUUCUCUUCUUAAAAAUUUAGGUUACCUUGGUUAUACCAGUGGAUUUUCUCUUACCUGCAUGGUGUUUUUUGUCAGUGUGGUGAUUUACAAGAAAUUUCAAAUACCCUGCCCUCUGCCUGUUCUGGAUCACAAUGUUGGAAACCUGACAUUCAACAAUACACUUCCAGUGCACGUGGUAAUGCUGCCUAACAACUCCGAGAGUAGUGGGGUGAACUUCAUGAUGGAUUAUACCCACCAGAAUCCUGCAGGGCUAGAUGAGAACCAGGCCAAGGGUUCUCUUCAUGGCAGUGGAGUAGAGUAUGAAGCACACAGUGAUGACAAGUGCCAACCCAAAUACUUUGUAUUCAACUCCCGGACAGCCUACGCGAUUCCUAUUCUAGCAUUUGCUUUUGUGUGCCACCCCGAGGUCCUGCCCAUCUACAGCGAACUUAAAGAUCGGUCCCGGAGGAAGAUGCAAACAGUGUCAAAUAUUUCCAUCACGGGGAUGCUUGUCAUGUACCUGCUUGCUGCCCUCUUUGGUUACCUAACCUUCUAUGGAGAAGUUGAAGACGAAUUACUACACGCUUAUAGCAAAGUAUACACAUUCGACACCCCUCUCCUCAUGGUACGCCUGGCAGUCCUUGUGGCGGUGACACUAACGGUGCCUAUUGUUCUGUUCCCAAUUCGUACAUCAGUGACCACACUCUUAUUUCCCAAAAGACCCUUCAGUUGGAUAAGACAUUUCUUGAUUGCAGCCAUGCUUCUUGCACUGAAUAAUGUUUUGGUGAUCCUUGUACCAACAAUAAAAUACAUCUUUGGAUUCAUAGGGGCUUCUUCUGCCACUAUGCUGAUCUUCAUCCUUCCAGCAGUGUUUUAUCUUAAACUUGUCAAGAAAGAACCCCUUAGGUCACCGCAAAAGGUUGGGGCUUUAAUUUUCCUUGUGCUUGGAAUCAUCUUCAUGAUUGGAAGCAUGGCACUCAUUAUAAUUGACUGGAUUUACAAUCCCCCAAAUUCCAAGCAUCACUAACCCAAGGAAAAAAAUACUUUUUCUAUUGGAAAUGGCUGCAAAUUAUGCUGCAAAAGACAUUGAGUUCUGUUGAUUGGAAUGUUAUUCACAGGAAAUAACAGGAAGAUUCCAAAGAUGUCUAGAGUAACAUCACCAGGCACCUGAGGAAGAGAAAAAACAUCAUUUUUGUCAAGAAUGGCUGUUUAUGUGUUUAAAACCUGUGGUGCAUGUUGCUACCCAUGUUCUCCUAGAGCAGUGUAAGAGGAUGUAUUUUUGCUGUUAUGCAAGCAGAGUAAGGGUAGCUGCAGGUAAUGGUCCUCAGAUAAUACCCUUCCCCUCCCCCCCCAAAUUACCAAAUACUUGUAUUUUUGGAACAUCAAACAGAAAUGCCCAGGAGGCAAAGCUAUCUAACUGUUUAAUGCCUUUCUGCAAUCCAACACCCAAUAUUCUGGGUUUACUGAAUAACAGAGGCAGAAGGCAGGUCUUAUAACUGUCCCUGUAAAGUACAUGAAUGAUCAGACAGCAGGCUACAACACGUUACUCUCAACAGUAAGGAAUAUCUUGCCCAUUUUGUUCGUGACAUUGAAUUCGUAACUUCUUCAUCCAAUAGAUUUUUGGUAAAUGUUAAAACCUCUUACUAAACACAGACAUACCUUGUUUUAUUCUGCUUGACUUUAUUGUGUUCAGAUACUGAGGGUUUUGGGGGGGGGUUGUUUGUUUUUUGGGGAGGAUUGUUGUUCUUUUUUUUUUUUUUUUUAACAAAUUGGUUUGCAGCAACCUUGCAUGGAGCAUCAUUUUCCCAACGGCAUCUGCUCCCUGUGUGUCUCUGUGUCACAUUUUGGUAAUUCUCACAGUAUUUCAAACUUUUUCAUUAUUAUGUUUGUGAUGGUGAUCUGUGAUCAGUGAUUAAGACUUGCUGAAAGCUCAGAUAUGGUUAGCAUUUUUUAGCAAUAAAAUAUUUUAAUUAAGGUAUGUGCUUUUUUUUAGACAGAAUAGGUUUGCACACUUCAUAGACUAUAAUGUAAACAUAACUUUUGUAGGUACUGGGAAACCAAAAAAAAAAAAAAAAUCCAUUUGACUUGCUUUCUUGUAAUAUUUGCAGUGGUCUGGAACCAAACCUGCAAUGUCCGAGAUAUGCCUGCAUGUCUUAGGACCUGUCCCAGUAAGGUACAUACAUGAAUGAUGAGACACCAGGCUAGAACACCUUAUUGUCAACAGUAAAGGAAUGUUUUGCCCAUUCUGUUUGUGACAUUGAAUGAGUGCCUUCUUCGUUUGAUAUUUUUUUUUUAUAAACGUUAAAACAUCUAAUUAAACAGAGAGAGGGGCUUUAUUUAAAUGAUAGAGCAACAACAAAAAUAAUUCUUAUUGCUAAACUGCCUGAUCUGGAAGCAUUUGUUUUUCAAUACUAUUCCUAGUCCUCUUGUCAUGCUUGUCAUUGAACAAUGCUCUCCCUCUCGUCUUCCAUUGUCAUCCAGAAGUUUUAGAUAGACCACGAUUCAUGUGGCCCUACAUUACCCAGUAUUGUUUGAUACAUUUUUAUUUGAUAAACAUUCAGUGCAGGAAACUGUGAUUGCUAUAUGUUUAUGUAUAUAAUCUUAUUCUGUAGUCAUCAGAAUUUUAAUGUAUGGUACAUUUGAUUUUUAUUUUUUACAUGUGUAGUUUUCUCUCUUCACAGUCAAAAUGUUUAUACUAUUGAGGGUGAGGGCAGGGAAUUAAGUUGAUGGGCUCAAAAAAUCCAUUUGUACGUAUCUGUCUAUUGGGGAUUUUAAAUUUGAAACCUAAGUUAUACAUAGUUCAGGAAUGCUCGCCAAUGUUUACAAUAAUAACACAAUCAUUCACAAGAAAAUAAGUUCCUUGUUUGCAAGUAAUUAUCAGUGCUAAGGUUGUUCUUUUAACUGAGCAUGUCUAAAAUAGGAUUUAGUUCAUUUUGGCUUGCACAGGAGUCUGCUGACAUUCAUUUGUCAUUUAACACAAUGUUAAAUGGCUCUCCAUAAAAAUAGGAGUGCUAACACUACAGAGAAAUGCAAACUAUUAUUCUUGCUCACUUCUGCAACACACUUACAUGAAAUGGAUUUAAAAACUAACACUCACUGCCUAGAAUUUCUGGAGUUUGCCACCCUUUUUUCCCCCCAAGUCAGUAGCAAGAACAUUUAUUGUAUAUUUUUGUAUUUUAGUAAAGCCAAGUAUGAAAUACAAGUAUCAUAGCAGUAUAAUAUUAAAUCAUAUUUCAAUAGUUGCUUUGGAAUGUGCCUUAAGAAAAUACACAUUUGUUUUAUGUAUCAUUUCUAGAGGCAUAAUACUGUCAAAAGGUGCACUUUGUUAUGGAAAUUGAACAUUACUAAAAACUAUCAUAAUUUUUAUGUCAUUAUUAUUGGAGAAUACUUGCCAAAUAGAAUCUUUAAGAUUGGUUUCCAUUUAUGUUCACCUAAAGAGUGUAUCAAAAUGGAAAGUGGGAAAAGAUACCUUCUGAGUGUUAAAAAAAAGAAGUUUUAAUCUGAUUGUAUUUAAAUGUAAAUAUCAAAGAUUAAUUCAAAAAAAUUGGGAAAGUAUAAAAUCUAUAUAUAUUUUGAAUGCUUUACACCUUUUAUAUGACUAACUUGAAAAUAUCAACCUCUGCAAUUACACAGAUAUUCAAGAGCAAUACUAGAGUGCCAAAUAAUGAAGUACCAUUUUUCUUCUCAUGGCCAUUUUCAAGAUUAGAACUUACACAGACUGCAGGGCAGACUUACAUAUGCUAUAUUGUACUGGAUAAUUUAACCCCAUUUAUGAACAGAUGAAAAUUUUAUUUUCUUAUUUCAUUUAUAAGAUGGUUCAAUGUAUUGGGAGGCUUUUUUUUUUAUUACAGAAAGUGUAUAUUGGUAUAAUAAAUGAACUUUUCAAAUGAC